AUGGACGAGCUCGACGUUCACGGAGGUCAGGACGAUUACUCUGACGAGGAUGUCGUCCAUGAUAUCAAGAAGCGAGCUUCGAGAAAGAAGGGUCGAGGAAUCGACGAUAUCGUAAAGCGAGAGGACGUUGACUACGAGACUAUGGAACAGGAUGGAGACGAGCCCGGCCCGCAACGAUCCGUCGAAGGCUGGAUUCUCUUCGUCACUGGAAUCCACGAGGAAGCUUCGGAAGACGAGGUUUUCGACAAGUUCUCAGAGUUCGGCGAGAUCAAGAAUCUUAACUUGAAUCUCGAUCGCCGAACCGGUUUCCUCAAGGGAUACGCCCUCAUCGAAUACGAAAUGUUCAAGGAGGCACAGAACGCCAUGGAGACUCUUCAUGGAUCCGAACUGUUCGAACAAAAAAUCGAAGUCGACUGGGCCUUCGUUCGAGGCGGUCUUCCCGGCGCCAAGAGCUCUUCCCGAAAAUAG